AUGAUCCCAUUCCCCUCCCUAAAAAAGGAUGAGCGCCCUGCAGCGGCCGCCCCAGUUAAACCAAUUGUUGCCCCUGUCCCGGUGUUAGCCACAAGCAAGGGUCCAGGCCCCACGGAUCUUGAUGGAAGGGGUUUUGCAAAUCUAACCUGCCAUGUGUGCGGCAGAAAGGGCCAUUUUGCACGCAACUGUCCCUCUAAGCCCAUGUCUGGACAUGUGGCUAAUGUCAAAUGGUCUUGGGAAAGGCCUAAAGAAGAAAAUAGAAUUGAAGUUGUCUCUGAUGAGGAAGAGUCGGGAAAAGGAAAAGCCAAGGUUGACUAA